CAACAAGACUGUAGCACAAUUCUAGCAGAAGUUCUAGGUUCAAUUGCCCCUCGUUCGGGGAUGGCAAGAAUGAGGUUAACCGUGAGCAGAACUGAUUUGCUAGCUGAUGCCAUCGCGUUCUUCAAGUCAGGACAAUACCAUCAUGACAGGCCACUGAAUGUGAGGUUUGAAGGAGAGCCUGCAGUUGAUGGAGGAGGACCGCGACGGGAAUUCUUCUCCUUGCUGUUACAAAAGAUGCUUUCUCCUACAUCUCAGUAUAGGUUGUUUGAGGGACGACCGGGUAGGUAUCUCCCCAUGCACAACCUUGAUGCACUGGUUGGCGGCUUAUUCAAAGUUUAUGGCCAAAUUAUUGCUGCAUCUGCUUUGCAAGGUGGCCCAGGAUUUCCUUGUCUUGCUCCACCUAUCUAUUCGUAUCUUGUGACUUCGUCUUUGGAGAAAGCUAUGGACACCAUUAGUCCGGACGAUCUGUCAGACCCAUUCGUAGCUGAAACUCUAAAAACGAUCAGUGAACUGGAAGAUGACAAUCCUGAGUUUCACAAUGUAGCCAGUAGUCUUUCUGAACCACUAGCGAUUGCUGGUUACACCCAUCGGCUAACAUCAACUAACAAAGCGGAUGCUAUGCUAAAGAUAAUGCUGCAUGAUGUAAUACUAUCUCGAAAAGCCGAAAUUGACCAACUGGCACUGGGACUGGGUCCAGUACUUGAACUUGCAAAAGCAAAUCCGGAAUCAAUGUGUUCCCUUUUUACCGCUACAGAUUUGAAGCCAUUGACCUCUGAAUCGUUUCUAGAGCUGUGUACUUUUCAGGACACUGUUCCAGCCGAUCUCAAAACUUCGUUUAUUCAGUACGUUCAGGAAGCAGGAGCUGUUUCAUGUCCAGCAUAUCAUGCCGGGCAGCUGUCGUUUGGAGAUUAUUAG